GUCCUUCUCUUUGAUUUUUCGAAGCUUCGGCGAGGCGGAAGCUCUGACUUGGAGCUCGUCGCGAGUGAGCUGAAUUCGUUCUGCGAAGGGAAGCACCCCAUGUUUCCAGGCUUUUGCAUGGAUGGAAGCGAUGGAGAACCAGACUAUCGGUUCCAUGUCACACACCCGGAGCGAUAUGGGAAUUUCCAUGUCGAAGACGAGGAGCUGCACCUGGUGUUGGGGACCAUCGAGCAACCUGGAGAGGGGAGCUUCAAGGAUGUCAAGGAUCGAAGCCUCGCUUUCUUCCAGCAGCACGAUUUGCCAGUCAAGAAAAUUAUAUCGGGCACGUCUGCCGUGGUGGACUUUAUCUGGGAGCUAUCGUCACAAUGUGUGACGGCUGGCUUCAGAGACAAUUUCCAGUUCUGGAAAGCGAAGAAUCACAGCCAGGAAGGUGGCAAGUUUUUCCUUUUCGAUGCCUCACGGAGUACACGGCGCCAUGAGAUGUUUUUCGAUGAUAACGUGCAUUUCGAUGACUUGAAGAUCGUCCGUCCAUUUAACAGGCUUCGGCAGCGCAAGUCUUGGUGGGGGCUGCCACUGCUGCAAACCCAUGUGUGCAGGGCGGAUGCACUCACUGCCAUCAACGACGACCUGUACUUCGUCGCAGAGGUUCAGAGGAUGGAAGACAACUACGAGCACAAGCUUGCAGCAAUGCAGCGCUGCAGUACCUGCUUGCAGCGAUUGCCGAAAGGUGCCGAAAGCGUUUCAAUCCCUCAGCUUCAUCACAAUGCGAAUUACGAUGCAUGGGAGGGCCUCCGAAAGGAUGAAAGUGUUUUGCCGCUGACAUCAGACGCUGAUGCAGACUUCUUCUCGCCUAUUGCCCGGAGUUCUGAAGGAACGAAGUGA